AUGUCUUCGGCGUCUAUAAAGCGCAAAGCACCAGAAACCCUGCUCCAGCGUCGUGUGAGACCCAGGCGGGAGCCGAGUGUGGGAUCUGAAGGAGCCAGUGAGAAACCUGCCGCAGACUCGAACGGAGAGGAUGACGAUGAGGAAGAGCCACGGGAUGUAGUAGAGGAUGAUAGUGAAGAGGCAGAGGCAGUCUCAGAUGAGUCUGGAGGCGAAUCUGGGGGCGAAGAAACAUCAGAUAAUGCUGCAUCAAUAUCAUUUGGCGCAUUGGCUAAGGCGCAAGCGUCUAUGGGAUCAGGUCGGAAGAAGCGGGCCACGAAGAAUAAGGAUGGAGAUACGUGGGAAGACAACGAGGCACAGGAACGGAAAGCUGGUAGGAAGGAUCACCGAGAUUUCAACAGAUCAAGUAAACAUGCCCCCACCGAAAUAUCGAGCAAGAAGGCGGUUUCCCGGAAGCGAGAGGUGGUUCCUGUAGUCAAACGAGCAUAUCGCGAUCCAAGAUUUGAGGCUAUAGGCGGACCGAUUGAUGAAUCAAAAGUCAGCAAAGCUUAUGCAUUUCUCGACGAUUACCGCGAAGACGAAAUGAAAGAACUGCGGAAUGCAAUCAAGAGUACCAAAGACGAGGACGCCAAGGAGAAGCUGAAGAGGGCAUUAUUGUCAAUGGAGUCCAAGAAAAAGGCUCAGCUGAGAAAGAAUAAGGAGCAAGAGAUUUUAGACCGGCAUAGAAAGGAAGAAAAAGAGUUGGUGAAGCAAGGAAAGCAGCCUUUCUAUCUGAAGAAGGCUGAGCAGAAGAAACGUGUCUUGCUUGAUACGUUCGGCGAGCUCAAAGGAAAACAGCUUGAUCGUGUCAUUGAGCGGAGACGAAAGAAGGUGGAGGGUAAGGAGAAGAAAAAGAUGCCAUUUACAAGACGAAAUGUCGAGUAG